CGCGUUGUUGCGGUAGUAGGAAGUGGGAUUUACCAAAUCAUUCAGUGCUGACAUAAGAUUCAAGAUUUGUUCCAGGGAUUUUUAACUAUAUUGAAUGUCGGCCUGAUUUUAAACAGGAAUGUCUCCAGAUGAGCUGGUCUACUUGGGAAUUCUCGCUGCUUCCAUCCCCAUCGGGUUCCUAUUCCGGUACCUGAGUCCUCCAGUGAAGCAGGGGGCAGCGUUGCUCUUGGGCCUCUCGAUCACCAUAGCAACCUGUCAGGUCCAUGCGCUCCACUCACUGGUGACGGUGCUCGGAACAUGGAUCAUCAUCAAGAGCAGCUGGCGGAGUGCCCCAGCUCUUUCUCUGGCCUGGACCUUCCUCUACCUCCUCUUCUUCAGACUGGUCACAUGGUUCGGCCUGCCGCCGCCAACACCCUUCGCCAACGCCAUCCAGCUACUCCUCACUCUGAAGAUGGUCAGUCUGGCCAAUGAGGUGCAGAGUUUUCACAUAGAGAAGAAACAGGAAGUGAGCUCAUUCUCCAAGUCUCCUGUGGUUGGUGGACUGUCCCAAGAGCCCUCCCUCUAUGAUAUGAUAGCCUAUAGCUACUGCUAUGUGGGUAUAAUGACAGGCCCGUUCUUCCGGUUCCAAACCUAUGUGGACUGGCUGAGGCAGCCCAGCUCCCUGGACCUUCCUGGCCGGGUACCCUGCAUGCUGAGGCUGAGGUUGGUGCCCGUCUACGGAGCUCUGUUCCUGACCGCCAACGCGUACUUCCCCCUGGCAUACGUCCUCACUGAAGAGUUCCUGGAACAUCACUUCUUCUUCAGGUUGUUCUACAUGACGGUGGUGUUCUUUGUGUUCCGGAUGCGGUUCUACGCUGCAUGGUGUGGGGCAGAGGCUGGCUGCAUCAGCGCAGGACUGGGCUGUUACCCAGAGGGGGCGCUCUCCAAGCCGGGAGGGGGUCCAACUGUCAACUACAGCCCUGACCCUGACAGUCCGGUUUUGUACGACUUCAAAACCAUCCAGAACAUUGACCCAUACAACACUGACUUCUGUGUGAAGGUCCGCCACGGGAUGCGCUACUGGAAUAUGACUGUGCAGUGGUGGCUGCAUCACUACAUCUACCCCAACUCACCCUUCAAGGCUUACGCACUCAAGGCUGGAUGGACCAUGUUCAUCAGUGCAUACUGGCACGGGCUUCAUGCUGGCUACUACCUGUCUUUCCUCACCAUCCCCCUGUGCAUUGCGGCUGAGUCGGCCAUGGAGUCGUCGGUCAGGGCCAAGCUGGGGCCCCGGGGCCAGAGUGCCUUCGACUGGGUCCACUGGUUCCUCAAGAUGAGGGCCUAUGACUACAUGUGUAUGGGCUUCGUCCUGCUGAAGGCCAGCGACACCGUCCACUACUGGACCUCCAUCUACUUCAUCAUCCACAUCAUCGCCCUGGCCUGCAUUCUGUUCGGGAGGCUGAUGAAGGGAGGAAAGAGGGAGGGAAAGAAGAGUGAAAAGGAGGAGAAAAUUGAGGGGGAGAAGAAAGAGGUGAAGCAAGAGGACGUGAGAGAGAAGACAGAGUGAGAAUGGAUUGAUGGGGGGAGAUGGGAGGAUGUCCUGUUUGGGGAGUAUUGGUUUACUAAAGAACUACAAUUCCCACAAUGCACUGUCUGUCACUGAUCUGUAUGGGUCACUUUUGUCAGUUAGGUCCAGUGAUGUCUCACCUGGUAGAGAAGAGUUAUGUUCAAUCCCGAACUGACCCCUAGGCCCUACUAGGGUUUGAUUUGGAGUUGGGAGGUAGAGUAGAUUAAGUUGUAGGAUUCCUAUCCAGGAGACAUCAUUGGACUGUUAGCUGAAUACAGUGAAUCCUUAUUUACAUUUACAUUUACGUCAUUUAGCAGACGCUCUUAUGAACAUUGUUGUAACCCAGUAACAGUUGCCAUGUCGAUAUUACAUUAUAAACCAUGUAUACAUACAGGUAUAAUUGGGUAAAAGAAUGUUUGAGCUUAAUGAAUGUCAUUUCUGAUGCGUGAGUGGCAAAAAAGUUCUGGGGAGAUGGAGAUUAUUCAGCUACUUCGCUUGUGCUUAUGUAUAUAUGUGUGUAACUGUUUCAAAACACAAAGCCAAUUUUCAUAAUAAAUAUACUUAAAUUAGUUUAGAGGACACAAAAUUGGAUGUUCUUAGGCUGUAGGUUCAAGAUGCUGACUUGAAA